AUGUCUGGCAGAGGCAAAGGCGGCAAAGGUUUAGGAAAGGGCGGUGCUAAACGUCAUCGUAAGGUUCUUCGCGACAACAUUCAGGGCAUCACUAAGCCGGCUAUCCGUAGGCUUGCGCGCCGUGGUGGAGUCAAGCGUAUUUCCGGGUUGAUCUACGAAGAGACCAGAGGUGUCCUCAAG